AUGUCGCGCAAAACGAAAGUUUUGGACUCCUUUGAGGGAGUGGAGAAAGACCUGCGAGAAACUGAUCAAGCCCUUCAAGGACUUCUGUCUGGUGGCCAUGGUGGACCCUCUUGGGAGCGAUUCAGAGUCUCCACAAAUGAGCCUCAAAAUCUCGAAUUUGCAACUUCGAAUCACGACAAUCAGAAUCUGUCGAGCAGCAAUCAAGUCCGCCGUCCUUCACUCUCCACAAUCACAGGCAUCGAACUUCCCCAGUCUAUGAGAGGUUUUGUUGAUGGCUCUUACCCAAAUCCGAAUAGUAACUAUUUUGACGUCGAGGAGGAAGACGAAGACGAGGAUAGCCGCGAGAUUGAUUAUGGUGAAGGAUUUAACAACAAUUACGCACGCGAGUUUGGUCUCGAUUCCAAUCAUGAAUCUGAUGAUCACGAUCUUGAAGAGAUUGAUAGGCUCUAUGCAUUGAGGCUCAAGGAGAUCAGAGUACAGCGACAAGCAUACGAUGCGACUGAGCGUGCAGGCGAAGCUAUGCGGAGAAUAGCAGCAGUUCUAUCGACUUCUUGGCCGAUUGCGCACUCUACUGCCGCUUUGCGAUCAAGUUCGACUAUCACCCAAAGUCCAGCACCUUCUCCGGACGUGCCUCUUUUUAUUUCCAACGACUUACCUCUCAACUCCGUGGCUCUUGAAGAAUUUACUGAAAGACAAAAGCUUCGAAGAGCAGUUAUUGAUUCUACUUUAACAAAACCACGAGUCAAUGCCAAGCCAUCCGUGCUCAGAUCAACUCUGAUGAACAGCAGCGACGAUCCACCACGCAAGUGGAAGAAUGAGCCUAGCCCGAUCAAGAAAGGUUCUUCAUAUAUCGAUUCCGCGACCAAGACUCCAGGGAUGGAGGACCAGGGCCAAGGAAACGGAAGCAGAACCUUUGGCGACAUCUCUCCUUUCAAUAAUGGCGAUUUCGCUCAGAUUAACCCUGCUCUCCUUCUUCCUCGUCAACUCCAAUCCACCUCAAAAGAUACCAGCGCCACACCUCGUCUCUCUACACCUUCCAAGCUAUUAAACAACGUAUUCAAGAAUGUGUUCUCGAGGGACGAAGAGGAUGAUAAUUUAGGCGUUAAGAAUAUCCUAGCUUCAGAGAAGGUUGAUUGGGCGGAACAGCUUCGCAUUGAUAAGUUGGAGGUUACUGAACUAGAGUUGGGCGUUUCAACAACACAACCCAUCCCAGAUAACACAACAGGUGAUCUCAUGAUAUUGAAUGCCGCAGGCUCGAAUCCUAGACUUGAUCCGACUCUCCUCGCGAGAUUGAACUCCUUUGGCUCUUCUUCCCCCUCUCCGAAAAAAGUCAGCAGAAGAAGCAAGGCAACAGCACAAUUGGCGAACCCCGCUGCCGCUCUUUCCAUCGUUCCGCUAUCACUGGGACCAAGUUCGAGCAGACCCGUCAACAACACUCAAAUCGCCGCGAAGGCUCAAGCAGGUAUUUUGGAAAGCACCAAGCCACCACCACCGAAGACCAAACGACCAGGAACGAAGAAUUGGAAGACAAAUACUAUGAUCCUUGACGGAGAAGGCACGGAAAGCUGUUCUUGGUUUCCAGCUCGCUGCCAAGAUCCCAAUUAUACAUCAGUCAGCGAGCCAAAGCAGGCUGGUAAAUCAGUCAGUCAGUCAGUCAUCAGUCGAGCUUAUUCUCCAAUUGAUUGA